AUGAAGUUUUUAAGUCAGAAGGACUCGAAUGGCAAGACUGCAGUGGACCUAUAUCGCGAGAAACAACAGGCUUGGUGUCAAGCUCAGGCAGCUUGGGACAAGGCUCAGAUUCAAGCUCAAGAGGAUGCCGAGAAGAAGUAUCCACCAACUCCUGGUGAUGACUUUCUCGCAAAGCAAAAGCAGUAUAUCGCUGACUGGACCCUGAUGAACUACAUGACGUUCAGAACCGAGACACAAGGAGCUUGGAUGGACUGGGUAGUCAACGGUCAGAAGUACAACGUCGACUUCAACUUUGGAGUUGUUGAUGUUGACUCUAUUAUGAGCCAGAUUGAAGACAGCAAGGAAUCCCUCCGAAAUUCGACGCUGCCUGAUGAGAGAGGCGCAAGUGAUGUGUAUGGACGAAAGGCUGAGGGCUGGUAUAGUCGCAACGGAACAUACACACUUGGCGAGCUAGAUUCCGAGAUUGCACGACUAAACACGUUAGCAACCUCAUACACCGCCGCCCAGGAACUCAUCAAAGAUCACAAGUAUCCUGUAGAUACCUCGACUACGCCGCCUGCUAUAAAAGCGCCUACAGUGGCCAAAGUACCUGAAGCGGAUGCAGCUCUGGCAACCAGUUUGUCUACACUCUAUACUGCCGAAGGUAGCUCAGGUGGCGUUCAGCCACCGCCUGAACCGACAGCUCAAACUGUAACAGACACCUCCAGCACUGGACUCACCUAUGAUAUGGCGUCUUGUGAUGUAAGCGUGUCCUUCUCAGCCCUCGUUGUCGAUAUCGACCGGCCUUGGCUGCAGGCUGAGAUCUUCAGCGACGCGGACCUCGACAUAGCUGAGGAUGUGCUCCUUAGUCCUGGCGCCUCUCGUCUCAAAGUGGCCAUCGCAAAGCAGGAAGCCCAGUUGAACCCCGAGUUUCCCGCAUACCCGACGUCAUUCAUCCUCGCUGCAGACACAAGCAUUGACUUUUCAGGUUCAACCAGGCACAUCCAGGAAUACUUCAAUUCCAAGACGACCUCGAGCGAUAAAUCCGUUGGCUGGGGGCCUUUCAGCACUGAUGUCAGCUCUCAUCAUUCAAGCUCUCACAGGCAUGUACAAUGCCACACUACUGCAACUGGCUGCAAACUCUCAUUUGGUGCACCCCAGAUUAUUGCCUGGGUCAGCGAGAUCCUUCCUGAGCUGCCUUGGGCCAAGAAUCUAAAUCCCCUCUGGCAAGGAGCAGAUGCUGGGGUUUCGGGGUAA